GGGCUAAGGCGGGAGGGCGGCGCGCCCCGCCGUCGGCUCCGAGUCCCCCGCGAUGGUGAAGAAUGCUGGCGCCGCACCAUGAAGCUCCUGCGGCAGGCUCCUCCGCAGCCCGCCCGGAACGCCGCCCCGCUCGCCUGCCUCGCCUGCCUCGUGGCGCAAGCGUGGCUGCUGGCGUGCGCCGUGGCGGCCAGGCCCGGGCCGCAGAGCUGCCCCUCGGUCUGCUCCUGCAGUAGCCAGCUGAGCAAGGUGGUGUGCACGCGGCGCGGGCUGGCCGAGGUGCCCCCGGGCAUCCCCUCCGGCACCCGCUACCUGAACCUGAUGGAGAACAGCAUCAAGGUGAUCCAGGCGGACACCUUCCGCCACCUGCACCACCUGGAGGUGCUCCAGCUGGGGCGCAACGCCAUCCGGCAGAUCGAGGUGGGGGCCUUCAACGGGCUGGCCAGCCUCAACACCCUGGAGCUCUUCGACAACUGGCUGACGGUGGUGCCCAGCGGGGCCUUCGAAUACCUCUCCAAGCUGCGGGAGCUCUGGCUGCGCAACAACCCCAUCGAGAGCAUCUCGUCCUACGCCUUCAACCGCGUCCCCUCCCUCAUGCGCCUGGACCUGGGCGAGCUCAAGAAGCUCAAGUACAUCUCCGAGGGGGCCUUCGAGGGGCUCUACAACCUGAAGUACCUGAACCUGGGCAUGUGCGCCAUCCGGGAGAUGCCCAACCUCUCCCCCCUGGUGGGGCUGGAGGAACUGGAGAUGUCCGGCAACACCUUCCCGGCCAUUAAGCCGGGGGCCUUCCACGGACUGAAGUCGCUCAAGAAGCUGUGGAUUAUGAGUGCCCAGAUCAGCGUCAUCGAGCGCAACGCCUUCGACGACCUGACGGCGCUGGUGGAGCUCAACCUGGCCCACAACAACCUCACCUCUCUGCCCCACGACCUCUUUGCCCCGCUGAGGUACCUGGUGGAGCUGCACUUGCACCACAACCCCUGGGACUGCGACUGCGACAUCUUGUGGCUGUCUUGGUGGCUCCGGGAAUACAUCCCCACCAACUCCUCUUGCUGCGGGCGCUGCCAUGCCCCCACGCACAUGCGGGGCAAGUUCCUGGUGGAGGUGGACCAGACAGCCUUCCAGUGCUCGGCCCCCUUCAUCCUGGACGCCCCUCGGGACCUCAACAUCUCGGAGGGGAGGGUGGCCGAGCUCAAGUGCCGGACCCCCGCCAUGUCCUCCGUGCGGUGGCUGCUGCCCAACGGGACGGUGCUGAGCCACGCCUCCAAUCACCCACGAAUCUCCGUCCUCAACGACGGCACCCUGAACUUCUCCCAGGUCCUCCUGACGGACACAGGCACAUACACGUGCAUGGUGACCAACGUGGCAGGGCACUCCAACGCCUCGGCCUACCUCAACGUGAGCACGGCGGAGCUCAACACGUCCAACUACAGCUUCUUCACCACCGUCACGGUAGAGACCACCGAGACGUCACCCGAGAACCUCUUCCCCAAGCUCACCAAGCCGGUGCCCACCACCUCCACGGGCUACCAGCCGGCCUACACCACCACCACCACCGUGCUCGUCCGGACGACCAAGACGCCCAGGCAGGACGCCGCCCUGGACGGCAGCGACAAGACGCAGACCAGCCUGGACGAGGUGAUGAGGACCACCAAGAUCAUCAUCGGCUGCUUCGUGGCCGUGACCCUCCUGGCGGCGGCCAUGCUGGUUGCCUUUUACAAACUCCGCAAGCGCCACCAGCAGAGGAGUACGGUGGGGGCCGCCAGGACCGUGGAAAUCAUACAGGUGGACGAAGACAUUCCGGCGUCUUCGGCGGCGGCAGCGCCCACCACCGGCGCCACCGCCACCCCUUCGACCGCGUCCGGCAUGUCAGGUGAGGGGGCAGUUGUGCUGCCGGCUAUUCAUGACCACUACAACACUUACAAACCCUCCCAGGGGGCCCACUGGACCGAAAACUGCUUGGGGAACUCCCUGCACCCCGCGGUCACGACCAUUGCCGAGCCGUAUAUCAUACAGACCCACCCCAAGGAGAAAGUGCAGGAAACCCAGAUCUGACUCCUUCCCUCCGGCCCCCCCUCCCCUGCCAUGACUAACUCAAUGCAAUAGGAUGCACAACAGACAACACCAACUUUCAUGCCCAGAGGGAGGAGGGCAGCCCCCCCGCCCCCCCUCCGCUCCCGUAUGUGCUUCUAUCCUUAAGUCUCCGGCCGACAGAAGCAGCGGAUUCUGUUCGAGUGUAAAACAAAAAAAAAAGGCUCUUUUCUAACUUGUGAGCUGGAUUGGGAAGGAAGCGUAACUCCGGGUCCCUCGACCCCCCCCUCCCCCUCCCCCCAGGGACAGAGGCACAGAUCCCCACGGAGGGUUUUCGGCAUCAGACCUAUUUAAAGCAGAACCGUAAGCCGCCCUGCUUGCUCCCAAAGACAGUGGCUGGCGGAGAAGAGAAAGCAGAACCUUUCAAAACCAAGGAAC